AUGAUCUAUCACUCGGUCAACUGGUUGGAUGCAUCAAAAGAGAUUACUAGCAUUCAGCUACCCAAUGUAACCAAGGGUGCGAAUACUGGUGUUGGAGGUAAGGAGCAAGAUGCCAGGCUACACAUUUUCGCCGUGUCGCUGGUGCCUGCCAAGCCAUCUGGCGUCAGCCUAGAGAUUGAGCGAGCUCGAUCUACACAGACCUGGAUCGAAGGCACGAAUAAGACUCAGAUUGUCCAAGUGAAGGUCAAUAACGUUGGCACUGAAUGGCUUCUGGCAAAGCAUGGCGUGAAGAUUACAGUCGACUCUCCCGGUCUCACCACAGUCGUGCCUGGCGUUGUCAAUCGCCUUCGACCUGGCGAUCAAGCCACAGUGAAUGUUGGUGUCGUGAAUACUAAGGGUACAGCGGAAGGAUCAAGUGGCGAAGCUACAGCUCUGGUCACUGGUGAUGGUGUCAAUGCCAGCGCGACCUUCAACGCGACUUUCGGUAUUGGUGACUUCGAGCCAACUUACGACAGCAUCUACAGUCACGAACCCGCUCCUUGGUACACGAACGGCAAAUAUGGAAUUUUCAUCCACUGGGGCGUCUACGCCGUGCCUGGCUGGGGUGAUGUGGGCGAGCACGAACAAUACGCAGAAUGGUAUUGGCGGUUCUAUAGUACGGGACCAUUUGAAGACAAUCGCUUUUACAAAUACAACUUGGAAACUUAUGGGGCGAAUCAUGAAUAUGACGACUUCAUCCAAAAUUUCACUGCCGACGCCUGGGAUCCCAAAGAAUGGGUCGAUCUUUUCGCAGAUGCUGGAGCACAAUACUUCACACAAGUGUCUAAGCAUCACGAUGGCUACGCACUUUUCGACAUUCCAGCAAAUAUUACCACACGAACGAGUGUGGCUCAAUUUCCGCACCGAAAUCUCCUUCAAGAGCUGUUCGACGCGGCUGAUCAAUACCAACCACAUCUGCAUAAAACGACCUAUUUCUCGCCACCUGAAUGGUUCCAUCCUGACUAUAAAUCGCUUGGAUUUUCAGCGUGGCCAGGGGGUAAUGCCACGAAUCCAUAUACCAACAAAACCGUUCCAUACCUCGGCUACGUGCCAGUCAAUGACUACGUGCAAGAUCUCAUCCUGCCCGAGAUGCGUAUUCUCGCGGAGAUGGGCACGGAGAUAUUGUGGUGCGAUAUUGGAAUUGGUUCGGGCCCUGAUGCAGACCAACUCGCUGGUGCAACGUUCGCGGCCAAGUACUUCAACGAUAAUGCCGCAAAGGGCAAGCAGGUUCUAAUCAACAAUCGAUGUGGUGGUAUACCAGGCGACUUCGAUACCCCAGAGUAUGCACGGUACGAAAGCGUCCAGGUUCGUAAAUGGGAGAGCAAUCUUGGCAUGGACCCGUUCAGCUACGGUUAUAAUCGUGCUACACCAGACGAUCAAUAUCUCAAGCCUAGAGACAUUGUCGUGAGUCUGAUCGACAUCGUGAGUAAGAAUGGGAAUUUCUUGCUCGACGUUGGCCCGACGGCGAACGGAACGAUCGUCCAAAUUGAGCAGGAUAAUCUGAGAGCUGCCGGGAAAUGGAUCAAGAGUCACGGUGAAGCUAUCUUCAACACGAAUUAUUGGUUCGUGACGGCCGAAGAAGGCGAUACCAUCCGCUUCACACAAAACGCAAAUGCAUUCUACAUUUCCGCACUAUAUGCGCCGAAUGAUACGCUGGUUAUCGACAGUCCGGUGCCAUAUGUGGACGGCGAUGAGGUCACGGUCGUCGGUGGACAGAUGGCUGGCACUGUGGUGCCUAGUGAAUUGUUGAGCAACGGCAGCUUGCAGCUUACUGUCACGGAGGAGAUCAAGAACGCGGACAUGUAUGCGUGGGUAUUCAAGAUCUCUUUUGGUGGGGUCGAAGAUGGAACGAUCGGAGGAACUGCUUCGAUGAGUGGGAGUGGCGGCAAUUCUUCGAUGAGUGGGAGUGGCAGCAAUGCUACGUCGUCCGGUGUGGAGGCGUCGACUGGUGGUGCUGGGAAGCGGGCUCCUGAAUGGGUCAAUCUUGGAGCACUGCUACUGCUUGCUGUCACGUUCUACAUGCUGUAA